AUGACUGCAACAUGUUGGAAUCCUAUUCUUUAUGCUUGGAUGAACGAUUCAUUUAGGGAAGGAUUCGUCAAAGCAAUCCCAUUUUUGCGUUUCAAGGUGAAACCACGAGGACGAGUCCGUGUCCAGACAGAGGAAAAACCAGGAGACUGCAAAUCUACUGCGAUAACUACACACAUUCCCAAUGAUUGCUCAAAACGUAAAGAGGAGACUUCAAAUUACCAAAGUGAUUGCCUGCAAAGCUUGCGAACCUUCCCCGGGAAAAACAGCGAAGAGAAGAAGUCGUUCAUGCAGGCACCGGAAUCAGAUAAAAUCGAAAUAAUACUCACAGAUGACGGAGAAAUGCAAGACAAUUAUCUUCUUUAA